CUCGAAAGCCAAGACGAGGGGCGGGGGUGCAAGUGAUGGAACCCACCAGCAACCGCUCCAGCUAAACGCAGAGAGAACGGCCACUUCUUUCGGAUAACCGUUGAUAUCCACCCAUAAUAAGCGCUUUCUUUCCCAAAAAGAACACAAAGCCCUAGAGAGCCACGAGAAGGAAGACAACCAUGGGCAAAUCUAAGGAAUCCAAAUCCGCAGGGGCAAAGGGCGGAAGCGGCGGGAAGGCCGACAAGGCCGACAAAUCUAAUAAAAAAGGCGGCGGCAGCAACUCCAAGGCUGAAGGCGGCGAUGCUAAGGCGACCAAGCUCAAGGGCACGACCAUCAACGUCAGGCAUAUUCUCUGUGAGAAAUUCACAAAGAGCGAAGAGGCCAUCAACAGGCUGAAAAAUGGCGAGAAGUUCGAUGUCGUGGCAAGGGAAAUGUCCGAGGACAAGGCAAAAGCAGGUAAGUGACCGCAUUGUCGACGGUCCUACAUAAGGCGGUAAUGGGACACGCUCACAU